UCUAGCCCAGAAUGUCUAUUUACAGCUCUGCUGGCUGUACUGUAUAUUUUGGAAACAGUAUAUAUUUCUAUAUACACUCACAUAUAUACAAUCACACGCACGCACACAUUGCAGGUUCACAACAAGUUCUUCGACAAUAACCACUUUUUGCUGGGAGUUUUCUGCUCUGAGUGAGUCACAUAAUAUACAGUACUGGUGUCAGCUUGUCUGGGAUUAGUUUCAGUAUUUGUAUAUACAUUCAUUGUAUCCUCUGGACAUGCAAGAGGCAUCACCAGAACAAUCUCUUUAGGACGCCAUAAACCAGAGAGGCAGCUCAGCAACAAUGAAGUUCCUGCAAAUUUACACACUAAUAUCCACAUUUCAACUUUCGUAUUCAGCUGUAGGCUCAAUAGUGCAGUUAAUAGACAACGGAUAUGAAGAUAUUGUGAUUGCAAUAAAUCCAAGAAUACCUGAAAAUGCUAUGGUUAUUGAGAAAAUAAAGGACAUGGUGACUGAUGCAUCUAACUAUAUGUUUCAAGCUACAAAACAAAGACUUUUCAUUAGAAGUGCAAAAAUUUUAAUACCCAACACCUGGUUGAGCAGCAAUGAGUACAAAAGACCAAAAAGGGAGUCAUAUGAUAAGGCCGAUAUUAUCAUAGCUGAUCCUUUUAUUUUGGGAGAUUUUCCAUACACCUUACAAUAUGGUGGUUGUGGGGUAGAAGGAAAAUAUAUACAUCUUACACCCAAUUUUAUACUGAAUGACAAAGUGCUGGAGAUAUAUGGACCACGAGGACGAUUGUUUGUCCAUGAAUGGGCUCACCUGAGAUGGGGAGUAUUUGAUGAGUACAACAAUGAUAUUCCCUUCUACCUUAGUAAACAAGGAAAUGUGGAGGCAACCAGAUGCCCUUUGAGUAUUGAUGGAUCAAGUAAGAUUGAAGUUUGUCUGGGAGCUAAAUGUGAUAAAGAGAACUGUGAAAUAGACCACACUACUGGAGUCUAUGAGGAGGGCUGUGAGUUUUAUCCUAACAAGAACCAGAUUGCUCCAGAAUCUAUCAUGUAUAAUCAGGCACUGAACCCAGUGAACACGUUUUGUGAUGAGACCAACCAUAACGCAGAAGCUCCAAAUGAGCAAAAUAGAUUAUGUAACUACCAGAGCACAUGGGAAAUCAUUAUGAAAUCUAAGGACAUGACAACUUCAUCUCCAGUAAAGAGCACAAGUGUUGUAGCUCCUGUGUUCUCAUUGCUGCAGCAUAAAGAUAGAGUGGUUACCUUGGUUCUUGAUGUCUCAGGGAGCAUGCAGCAGCAUGAUCGCAUUAGUCGAAUGUACCAAGCCUCAGAAGUGUUUGUCAUGCAAAUUGUUGAACCUGGAUCUUAUGUUGGAAUUGUUGUAUUCUCUAAUGAUGCCACUGUCAAAACUAAAUUAGUUAAAAUAGUUGACACUUUUGAUCGUGAAAAGCUGAAGUUGCAUCUUCCAAAGGUGGCAUCUGGCGGUACUAACAUUUGUGCUGGAGUUCGUAUGGGAUUUCAGGUUAACAAACUGCUGGAUGGAAGCACACAUGGAACGGAAAUUGUGUUGUUAACAGAUGGAGAAGACACUGGUAUUACAACAUGUCAAACUGAAGUUAUAGAUAGCGGAGCAACCAUUCAUACCAUUGCCCUAGGACUUAAUGCAGAUAAAGGUCUAGAACAAUUAUCCAGCAAAACAGGUGGUUUAAACUAUUAUGUGUCAGAUUAUGUGGAUGCAAACAGUUUCAUCGACUCUUUCAGUAAGAUCACUUCCAGCAGCGGAGAUAUCACAGAGAAGUCUAUUCAGAUUGAAAGCACUACAGCAACAAUCAGCCCAUUUCAAUGUAUGACUGGUAAAGUGACCAUUGACAACUCAGUUGGAAAUGAAACUUUCUUUUUGGUAACCUGGAACACUGAGAUCCCCACCAUCAAACUAACAGAUCCAAAUGGCAAAGUCUAUGCGAAUGACCAGUUUGUCAGUGACCCAUUCUCCAAGUCUGCUCGUCUCACACUACCAGGCACUGCAGAGAAAGGACAGUGGGAUUACAGUUUAUGCAACAAUGAAGUAGCAGAUCAAGUUCUGGGUUUAACUGUGAAUUCUCGGGCAUCUGAUCCCAAUGUGCCCCCAAUUGUUGUUCAGACAUUUAUGAAUGCGGACACCAGCAGUUUCCCUAGCCCCAUGAUUGUGUAUGCAGUGGUAACGCAAGGGUUUUCCCCUGUCCUGGGGGUAAAAGUUACUGCUAUAAUAGAACCACAGAGCGGAAAAAUUAGAACCAUGCAACUUUUGGACAAUGGAUCAGGUGCGGAUAUUCUCAAGAAUGACGGAAUUUAUUCCAAAUACUUUACUGACUUCAGUGGAAAUGGCAGGUAUAAUCUGAAAGUGCGUGUUGAGAGUCAAGGACAAGGAAGAAAUUUGGGACUCCCCAAAAAUCAAGCAAUAUACUUACCUGGCUUUGUAGAGAAUGGUACUAUAGUCAGUAACCCACCAAGGCCAAAAAUUACAAUUGAUGACUUAAAUGUGGGCAGUUUCACCCGGACAGCUUCAGGAGAGGCCUUCAUAGUAUCCAAUGUGCCAUCAGGUUCACUGCCGGAUGUCUUUAAACCUGCAAAAGUCACAGACUUAAGUGCAAUCAUUCAAGCUCAACAAAUUGUGUUGUUCUGGACAGCAACUGGAGAUGAUCUCGAUCAAGGAAAUGUUUCCAUGUAUGAUCUACGAAUGAGUUUCAGCAGACAGGAACUGCUAGAUGACUUUGAAAGUGGCACAGCUAUCAAUAUCUCCAGUCUUACACCACUGCCAGCCGGCUCCAGUGAGCAAUUCAGCUUUACUCCCCAGAAUGUUACAAUUAAGAAUGGAACCUUCCUUUAUUUCGCCUUAGUUGCUAAGGACAAGGUCAAUCAAAAGUCUGACCCCUCUAACGUAGCAACCGCAUCACUGUUCAUAGCAAAGUCCUCAGCCAAUGAUGUAUCAAGAUCACAUAUUACAUUGUUUUGGACUAUUGUUGUAGCUUUCAAAAUAGCUGUUACUGUACUUUGAUUUUAGUUAACUUGUAUUGGCCUCUUAGAAAACUUCUUAAUGUGAUAUAAAUGAAAAGCUUGAAUUAUUGACAUAUAUAGUGAAGUAUUUCCAUUCUUUGACAAACCUUACAUGGGGGUAAAUUUACUAAGAUGGGAGUUCUAUUUAAGAUGGGAUGUUGCUAAUAGCAACCAAUCAGAUUCUACUUCUCAUUUAUCUAGCACAUUCCAGAAGAUAAUACCUGGAAACUGAUUGGUUGCUAUGGGUAACAUCCCAUCUUAAAUAGAACUCCCAUCGUAGUAAAUUUGCCCCAUUGUAUUUCUUCCAAGAGUUCUUCUUAUUUGAUUUUUUAACAAAAUCUGAUAAUGAUAACAUGGUUCCCUAUUGGAACAAAAGUUUUCCAAAAAAUGCAUUUAAGUAACUGAUAUCUCCAGAAGGGUGGGAUGCAUCAAGCAUCGCAUUUUGCAUGUGAUGCAUCCCUCCACUCACUGCAUGCAUAUUGGCGUUUAUUAGCAUGUAUGCAUUAACAUUUUAGCAAAGGACAGCUCUCCCAGUGAGGUGUGAGCAAGGAUUCAGGUUCAACUGUGAACCUUAUAAGAUAUAAACCUGUUUAAUAGUUAUACUGAUUGGUAAUGUGGUUCAGAUUAAUUAAACAUGAAAUAUAGUCAGAUCAGUUUAACAGUGA